AUGCAGUCCGUGAAGGGAGAGAGGUUUUUGAGUGAGUUUCCCCAGUUGAAAGUGGAGUUUGAGGAGCGUAUAAGAAAGCUCCGCGAGCUCGCAGAUAAUGUUGACAGACUACACAAGAACUGCACCCGCUCCAAGAAGGUAGCCGGCUCUGCUGGCGUUGUGUCUGGUGUCCUGACAUGCGUUGGUCUGGGUCUGGCACCUUUCACGGCAGGGGCCAGUCUGACACUCUCGGCAGUUGGAGCGGGGCUGGGAGCAGUAUCCGCUGUGACCCACGUGUCCACCAGCUUCUUGGAAGACUCAAAGGUGUCGUCUGCAAAAGCCGAAGCCAGUCGCCUGAAAUCCCUUGGCAGUGACAAAGAGAAGAUCAUUGCAAAGGUUCUCCAUCACAGCGAACCCCAAAUUUCUUCCUUAGCAGGCACUUGCGAUCAAGAAUUACAAAACAUUGCAAGGAAUGUUCGUGCCCUCAGGGUAGCUUAUGUCCAUGCCAGGCGCCUCAUGAUACGGAGAGACUCAGAUAGAGCCAUUGCUCCAUUAAUGAGCAGAUCCCAGUUCACGGGUAGGGCUACCUCUGGUCUCUCCCUUCUGAUGGAUAUGCUAGACUUUGUGAGAAACUCAGAGGGGGCAAAGACAGAGUCAGCUGAAGAGAUGAAGCGGCAGGCCCAGGAGCUAGAGAGCAAGUUGGAGGAGCUCAGCAAGAUCCAUGAGAGUCUGAUGGAGGGCUCGAUUCCAUGACCCCAGAGCAGGUCAGGGAGCAGGGACAUGUGUGGGACAAAGACAUGGAGGUACCUUAUUAGAGGGGAAAAGGGCAAAAUAAAGUUUUUGGGAUGGAGUGUUGAGGAGUUGGGCAUUUCUGUAGCUGAGCCCAGGGAGGGAGGGGUGCAUGCAGAUGGCGUGGGGGUAGGGGUGGAUAUCAAAAGAAGAAGGAACAUGGAACCUGGAAUAUGGAGGGAGGGGGCCGGAGAGAGAGGGGAAUGGAUUGAAGAGGACACAGGGGACAUGUUCAAGAGAGGUGUGGAGGAAGAAGCAAUGGGAAGGCCAGGAAUAAUAAAGUUAGAAUUGUAGGAA